UUAUAUCAUUUCAAAUGUGCAGGAGUUUGAAAAUUUUGGAGACAACGUAGACUACUCCGGUCGCUUUGUUACGGAUAGGAAAUUUAUCUCCAUAGAUGAGUUACAUAGUUGGGCCGAUGCGAUAGCAAUUACAAUCGGUUUUCUAUUUACACGUGCUUCUUAUAAAAAGAAAGAAGGACGUUCCAGAGUUAGUUGUUAUUUAAGAUGUCACCGCUAUGGUAAACUUAGGGGUGAUGUAGAUAAUGUAGAUAAUGCUGCCCGACCUGGUUCUAAAAGUAGGAGUUGUGGGUGUAAAUUUAUGAUUGUAGGAAGUAGUCGUAAACCAGGAGAAAGACCUUGGACGGUAAGGGUGUGUCCUGGUGUAAAGGGAAAACAUAACCACCCGUUCUUGGUGUACAGAGAUGGUCAUGUAAGGGCGAGGAUUAAUGUAGAUAUUCGGGAGCACAUACGACAGCUUAGUGCAACCGGAAUGCAACCGGCCUUUAUUAUGAAUUCUAUUAGAGAUAAUUUUCCUGGUUUUUAUGCUAGUAUGAAUCAGAUAUAUAAUAUUAGGCAAUCAAUAAGGAGAGAUGAAAUGGAGGGCAGGACUCCCCUUCAACACUGUCUUCAUAUGGCCAUAGAACAUAAUUAUGUGGUCUGGACAGAGUUGGAUAAUGACGGGCACUUGAGCAGACUUUUAAUUGCAAAUCCUACUUCAAUCCAAAUGAUACGUACGUGGCCGUAUGUUGUGCUGAUAGAUACAACGUACAAAACGAACAAAUCAAAGUGGCCACUAUGUGAAGUCAUCGGAAUGACGCCAACAAAUCACAACUUUUUGGUUGCGUUUUGUUUGAUGCGAGAUGAGGCGGCUGUGUCGUACUCGUGGGUGCUGCAGGGAUUGAGAGAUAUUUUCGGCAGUGCUCAGACUCCUAGCGUCAUUGUAACCGAUCGUGACGAAGGUUUAUCUGCAGCUAUUCGUGACGUCUUCCCAGAUGUACGUCAUUUGUUAUGCACCUGGCAUAUUGGCAACGAUGUUGAGAACAUGGUGGACAAGUUGUGCGGCGGCAAGAAAAAUCAACAAGGGCAGAUAUUUAGGAAAAGUAGAUGGAACCCCUUGGUUGAAAGUGCUACAAUCCGGGAAUAUGAAAAGAGAUGGGAAGGGAUCGUCAGUACGUGGUCGGUUAGGAACCGAAGGGUCGUUCGGUAUUUGACUGGAACAUGGAUUCCACUUAGAGAGAAAUUUGUGCGUGCGUGGACGAAUGAUGGUUUACACUUUGGUAACCAUACUACCAGCAGAGUGGAAAGCCAACACUCGUCUUUUAAGUAUUACCUUGGAAGCGGUAAUAGCUCAUUCGAUACCCUUUUCAAAAGGGCGCACGCACAGAUCACAAAUCAACAACCUAAAAUCCGACAAUCGCUAUAG